CGCCCUCUGCUGGCCCGCAGGUUUCGCUGUUUAAGUGCGGAGGAAAAUGGCGUCCGGCGUGAGGCAGGAGCUCGCACAGCUGAUGAACUCUAGUGGCUCUCAUAAAGAUCUAGCUGGGAAAUAUCGUCAAAUAUUAGAAAAGGCUCUACAGUUUACUGAUGCAGAACAACUUGAAGCACUGAAAGCAUUUGUUGAAGCGAUGGUCAAUGAGAAUGUCAGCCUGGUCAUAUCCAGACAGCUUCUGACAGACUUCUGCGCGCACCUUCCAAAUCUUCCAGACGACAUAGCGAAAGUUGUGUGUCACUUCACCCUGGAGAAGAUCCAGCCCAGAGUCAUCUCUUUUGAAGAACAGGUGGCAUCCAUCAGACAGCAUUUAGCCACAAUCUAUGAGAAGCAGGAGGACUGGAGGAACGCUGCACAGGUUCUUGUGGGGAUCCCACUGGAGACGGGUCAAAAACAGUAUAAUGUGGACUACAAAUUAGACACUUACCUGAAAAUUGCUCGUCUGUAUUUGGAGGAUGACGACCCGGUUCAGGCCGAGGCCUACAUCAACCGAGCGUCUUUAUUGCAGAAUGAAUCCACCAAUGAACAGUUGCAGAUUCACUACAAGGUCUGCUACGCCAGAGUUCUGGAUUAUCGAAGGAAAUUCAUCGAAGCAGCUCAACGCUACAAUGAGCUCUCAUACAAAUCCAUCGUGCAUGAAACUGAGCGUCUAGAGGCUCUAAAACAUGCACUUCACUGCACUAUACUGGCCUCUGCAGGUCAGCAGCGCUCUCGUAUGUUGGCUACUCUCUUCAAGGAUGAACGAUGUCAGCAGCUCGCCGCCUACGGCAUCCUAGAGAAAAUGUACCUGGAUCGAAUCAUCCGAGGAAACCAACUGCAAGAGUUUGCUGCCAUGCUGAUGCCACAUCAGAAAGCCACCACAGCCGAUGGUAGUUCAAGUAUUCUAGACCGAGCCGUUAUUGAGCACAACCUGCUGUCUGCAAGCAAACUGUACAAUAAUAUCACGUUUGAAGAGCUUGGAGCACUUUUGGAGAUUCCUCCUGCAAAGGCAGAAAAGAUAGCAUCACAAAUGAUCACCGAGGGCCGCAUGAACGGAUUCAUUGACCAGAUUGAUGGCAUUGUGCAUUUUGAAACACGAGAGCCGUUGCCCACCUGGGACAAGCAGAUUCAGUCGCUGUGCUUCCAGGUCAACAACCUCUUAGAGAAGAUCAGUCAGACCGCACCAGAGUGGACAGCACAGGCCAUCGAGGCCCAGAUGUCCCAAUAAACCUUAUUCAUGCUCUUUUUGUCUACAAACUUCAAUUCUUUGCUUUCUCUGCUCUCAUUGGUCAAAACUGAAACGACUCUGAAUUGAAUUUAAGCCAGCACAUAUUGAUGUUCUGUUGAAGGGAUAGUUUAGCCAAAAUGUAAAUUUUGUCAUCAUUUAUUCAUUCUCCAAACCUCUUAGAGUUUUUGUCUUGUGUUGAACACAAAGGAAGAUAUUUUGAACAAUGUUGGGAAAAAAAACAGGAACUUGCAUAGCUGUUUUGUUUUUACUAUAAAUGUGAAUGAUUGCUUUUUCCAACAUUCUUCAGAAUAUGUUGUUUUGUGAGAGGGAAAAAGAGCAAAAAAGCAUAAAUAGAACUACUUGAAUGUGAAUAAAUGAUGAGAAAAUGUUCGCUUUUGGAUUAAUUAUUUCUUUUAAGUUUUACUUUUUUGUUUGUGAAUUUAAUAUUUUCAUAGUUAUGGUCUUUGAGUAUUAGAUGCUGAAUAAACAUCUGGAAAAAAG